AAGCGCGCAGUGUAAAGUUCGGAUUUGUAAGUAAUCGGGUGAGCGUUUUUGAGUGAGUUCAACGAAAAUGUUGUCGAUGGCCUACCGAUGUUUCGUGACUAGACUGGGCGUUGAAGGAACUUUAUGUGAGGACUAAUAACUUUAAGAACAAAAUAUUCUAUAGCAGCAGUCUCUAAAAGUUUCUGUGAAAAUUUCAUCAUGAACGAACUAUUGGCACUGAACGACACCAACACCACCGAGCUCAUCAACAGGGCUCUGAAUUGGAGCGAGGUCUACAAAAAUUGCGGGAACAAACCCACCACACCGGGUUACUGCCCAGAGGUGUUCGACAAGAUGCUGUACUUCAUGCUUCACAGCGAAUUGUGUUGGCCAGAGUCGCCUCCCGGGAGCGUAGUCAACCACUCUUGUCCCAAGAUACCCCAUCUGAGUUUCGAUCCAUCCAAUCUGGCCUACAAAGAGUGCUGGGAGAACGGUACUUGGUUCAGAAAAGAAAAUGAUGGGGAAUGGGCCAACUACUCCCAAUGCGUCAACAAGGAAGAAUUGGAGUUUCUGACGUUUAUAAAUAGGUUGCACGUGAUUGGAUAUUCAGUAUCUCUAGCAGCCCUAGUGAUCUCCCUGUGCAUUUUUGUUUCAUUCAGAACACUGAGAUGUACCAGGAUCCGGAUACAUACGCAACUGUUCACCUCCUUCAUCUUAAACAACAUCAUGUGGAUUUUGUGGUAUGAAAAGGUCAUCCCCGAUCUUGAAGUUACUUGGAGUAACCCAGUGUGGUGCCAGGCGCUCCACAUAGUGAAAGAGUAUUUCAUGGUGGCCAACUACAUGUGGAUGCUCUGCGAGGGCUUGCAUCUCCACCUGGCGCUGGUGGUGGUCUUCGUCAGAGAGGAAAGGACAAUGAAGUGGUUUUUCGUGAUCGGAUGGGGUAUUCCCGUGGUGAUAGUCGCUGUGCAUAGCCUAGUAAGGGUGUACGUCACCGAAGACACGUUCAUGUGUUGGUUGGAAGAAAUGUCUUACAGUUCGUGGUUCCUUAGCGUUCCAGUACUUAUUAUUCUGUCUCUUUGCACAGUCUUCUUGAUCAACGUACUGCGUGUCAUCCUGACCAUCAUGCACCCAAACUCGCCCAACCCGGCCCCCGUGGGCAUCCGAAGGGCAGCCCGAGCUGCCCUGAUCCUCAUCCCACUCUUUGGACUGCAAUUCAUCCUGCUACCGAUGGUACCAGCCCAGCAGCACCCGCUGUAUCACUUCUACAUGUGGCUAUGUCUCGUCAUUGUUCCAUUUCAGGGAUUGUGUUGCUCCUGUCUCUUCUGCUUCGCCAACCAAGACGUCCAUCAAGCUCUGAAGGGCUUCGUGCAUCGAAGGAUGUACCGAAGCGGCCGCUGGAGCAACUACCAUUAUACUGGAGCCGUGGACAGUGCUGGGGUGUACGUGGUGAACGGUAAUAGUCAGAGCCGCAGGAAGUCCACAGACACGACGCGACUUUAAACAGAAGACAGGCAAUGUCAUGGCAAGUUUUGGAGAGCAGUUACUUCCUGGACAAACAAAAACCCUUUUUACAUGUAUAUAUUUUAAGGAUUAUUCUUAGCCGUAAAGAUUUAUAAGCUAUUUAUUUUUUAUUAUGAUAAUAAUAUUUAUUUAUUUUGAUUAAAUGUGUAAAUACAUUGUCGUAUUGUUAAAAAUAAUAGGCCGUUUUGGCAGCAUGUACCUUUGACAAACCCAAACAUAUUAACGACACACCCAACUUUUAGUGUUACAAAAUCCAGACUACUGCCAAAAUGGCCUAUUAUCAUUGUAAAUACAUUAUUGUAUUGAGAUAAAUGGUAUAUUCGUAAUAGGCGUAGAUCUUAGGUGAUUCCGAAAUAAAAUGAUGUAAUAUUUUUUAAUUCACCUCUAGACCAGCACUCUUACUGUAUUUCGUUGGGCAAAUUUUAAAAGGGAGAAUUAAGACGCUUACAAACUACUCCUCAUCGAAAUUGAUGACAUAAAUUUAAGCAUAUCUUUGUAUCUGU